AACAAUUGCGUAAACAUGUCUAGCGGACGAUUUUGCAUUUACUUUCUGCUGUUGUUACAGAAUGCCGCCGCUGCAUAUAAACAAUAUCAAAACAAUAUGCAAAGCGACAAAGCAGGAACUGGAUAUGCUCGGGGACCAAACUAUCUUCAAGCUCGUGUCGGAGCUAUGGGACCAAGAGGAGCACCUGGACAGCAAGGACCUCCCGGACCACAAGGUUUGAGAGGACCUGCUGGUGAACCUGGAGAAGCUGGACCCGUCGGACGCUCAGGUAUCAGAGGACCCGCUGGACCUCCUGGAUCAAGAGGAGUCGAUGGUGACCCAGGACGUGACGGUAACCCUGGAGCUAGAGGUUUACCCGGACCACCUGGAAUUCGUGGAACUCCCGGAAUCCCUGGUCUCCCAGGACCCAAGGGACACAGAGGUUUCACUGGAUUCGCUGGUAAGAACGGCAAUCCUGGUCUUGAUGGACCUAAGGGAGCUGCUGGCAACAUGGGACCAAUCGGUUUACCCGGAGGCGCUGGAGCACGUGGUGCCCCUGGUGAAAGAGGACGAUCUGGAUCUAGUGGAUCUCCAGGAAUGCGUGGCGUUGAUGGAUUACCAGGAAACAGUGGACCACCCGGAAGCGUUGGAAAACAGGGAGCCCCUGGUUUCCCUGGAACUCCUGGCCUCAAGGGUGAAGCCGGUACUCAUGGCCCUAAGGGAGCUGUAGGACCUCAAGGCCCACGCGGAGAAAACGGAGUUGCCGGUUCCGCCGGUGAAGCCGGAGCCUCUGGACCUCAUGGUCUCCCCGGACCAAGCGGAGAAAAAGGUAGCCGUGGUAACCCAGGACCUACCGGUGCACCCGGAUUCCCCGGACCUCGAGGACCAACUGGACCUGUUGGAAGCCCAGGUAAAAAGGGAACUAAAGGUAUCCGUGGAGAACAAGGAACUCAAGGUUACAAAGGACAACCAGGAAGUAAAGGACCACGCGGCCCCUCUGGAGACCGUGGAGCUCCCGGACCCGCUGGUUCUGAAGGAAAGAGAGGUAUUGCUGGCGCUCCAGGACCCGUCGGUGGUGUUGGUCCAUUUGGAGAGCGUGGACCUCCAGGAGAACGAGGUCUUUCAGGAGCUGACGGACUUCCAGGACCCAAAGGAGUUGAUGGUGAAAAAGGACCACGUGGAAAAGUUGGUGACAGUGGAGCAGCAGGAGAGAGAGGACGCCCAGGUGCCCCUGGACUUCAAGGACCAAUAGGUGUUCCUGGUAUGCCUGGUGCUGAUGGCCGUGCUGGCCCACCUGGACCUCCCGGAGCAGUUGGAAAUGAUGGCAAUCCCGGUGAAAUGGGAGCACCAGGUAUUCAAGGCCUCCCCGGAUCCCAAGGACCUGCUGGAGGCAAAGGAGAAAUUGGUUCUCCUGGCCCCGGCGGCAAAGACGGUUCUGUUGGACAACCUGGUCUCCCCGGUGACCCAGGACAACCAGGCGCUCGUGGACCACCCGGUCCUUCCGGAUUAGAAGGUGAAGCUGGAGAGAGAGGAAGCCCUGGCAGUGAUGGAGCUCCUGGUAGACAGGGAUUCCCAGGAAGCCAAGGACCACCCGGAGAGCCUGGAAAAGCUGGUGAACCUGGAACAAUUGGAAACACCGGUGUUCCCGGACGAAAUGGACCUCGCGUAAGUACCAAACGUUUUUUUCUCUUAUUUACUGUUAAUAUAGACAUUAUGGACAAACCAAUAAAAUAUUGUGCCUCUCAAGUACUGAUGUCUAUUAAAUUGGCUGGAACUGGCGCACCCGGACCUAAAGGAACACCUGGAGAAUCUGGUGGACAAGGAAUGAUCGGUAUGCCCGGUCCCAGAGGUGCAGUUGGCAGCCCAGGACCUAAAGGAGAAGCUGGUGAUGCUGGCGCUCCAGGAUUUGAUGGUGAAGUAGGACGACCUGGACGUACUGGUCAUCAAGGUGAACCAGGUCUUCCCGGACCUCCUGGCCCUAAACCAGAGAAAGGUGCUCGCGGAGAACCUGGAUCUGCUGGUGACCCUGGACAGCCCGGUGCCCCUGGUGAUAGAGGAGGCCCUGGACUUCAAGGUGAACAAGGUCUUCCUGGACUUCCCGGACCUAUUGGACCAGCUGGACCCAAAGGACCCGCAGGUGAUCGUGGAAUAAAGGGAGAAGUCGGUGGUGUUGGACCUCAAGGUAACCCAGGUCGUACCGGACUUCCCGGCCCUGAUGGAAUUCGUGGAAAGCGUGGACAACGUGGUGAAGCCGGUCUUGCUGGAAUCCCCGGAGAGCCUGGAGCUAGUGGUCUUCCCGGACUUCAAGGUCCCCCUGGUCCUGCUGGAAGCCCUGGAGAAACUGGUGUUCCUGGAGAAAUCGGAAUUAAGGGUUCACGAGGAGAACAGGGAUAUGCUGGACGCAACGGUGAUGUCGGACCUCAAGGUUUCCCCGGUAUUCCCGGAGGAAACGUAGGCCCACUCGGACCAGCAGGACGUCAAGGUGAACGUGGUCUUCCAGGUAUUCCCGGAGUACAGGGAGAACGUGGACCUAAGGGACCACUUGGACCUCACGGAGAUCCCGGAGAUCCUGGACAAGCUGGACGUGAUGGAAACCAAGGCCCACAAGGUUUGUCUGGACCACCAGGAACACCUGGUAUCCCUGGAGAAGCCGGACAAGUAGGUAAUCCUGGACCUGAUGGUGAGAUCGGUAUUAGCGGUCGACCUGGAGAACAAGGACCUUCUGGUGAGUCUGGAGCAGUUGGCAGACCCGGCACUGUAGGACUGCCUGGACCCCAAGGGGCACCAGGAUCCGCUGGACCAAGUGGAAUUAGAGGAGAGAAGGGAGACAUUGGACCCACUGGACCAGCUGGACUUGCCGGAGCUAGAGGAGCUCCCGGACCUGCCGGAAUUGUCGGAGUCGAUGGACCUCGUGGACCAUCUGGUUUGAAAGGUUCCAAAGGACACCGUGGAUUUACUGGUCUUUCAGGUUUACCUGGCGCUAAGGGAAAUGAUGGAGAGAUCGGUACUCCAGGACCACCAGGACCUCCUGGACCCAUGGGACCUGAUGGAACACGUGGACGCCCCGGAAAAGACGGUAUUUCUGGACCACCAGGUGUUAACGGCCGCCCCGGACCCCGUGGACCACCUGGAGAAGAAGGACGCAUGGGUAUUACUGGAGCCGCUGGACCAGCUGGACCUCCCGGACCAAGCGGACCAUCUGCUGCUUACUCAGCCAACCACAUCAACAACUGGUUUACUAAGGGCCCUGAUCCUUACAUGCAAGAUCAAAACCAGGAACACAGUCCUACCGUCAUUGAAACUCUCAGCCAAUUGAAGAAAACUUUCAAAGAGUUAAAGAAUCCAACAGGCACACCAGAAUCCCCAGCCAAGACUUGUAAAGAUCUUGCCGAGCACUACCCAGAUUAUCAAGAUGAUUUCUAUUUCAUCGAUCCUAAUGGUGGAACCGUAAUUGAUGCCGCCAGAGUUUAUUGUAAAAUAAGCACAAAAGAAACCUGCGUUGUUCCUUCACCUAUAAAGCACAAGAAACCAAGCGAGAUCUAUGCACCUGGUGAAGAUUACUUGCAAGUAACUAAAAACGAAGGAUUCAGCUACAAGGCUGAUGGCCGUCAAAUUAAGAUGUUGCAAGUUUUACAUCAAAAAGCUUCACAGAACGUUACUUUCCAUUGCCGCAAUACUUUUGCUCAUAAAAACGCUCAGACUGGCAGUACAAGCAAAGGUCUCCAAUUUGAAGAUUAUGAUGAAAAUACGCUAAAAUCCACAGGCAUCGCACGAUACUCUGUUAUAAGUGAUGGAUGUCAGCACAAGACCAACAAGUUUGAGAAAACUGUGAUAGAAAUCAAUCUUGACUAUCCAACGAAGUUGCCAAUCAGGAAUAUUCAGGUUCGUGACUAUGGCAAAGAUGAACAAGACUUCUUUGUGGAAUUGGGACAAGUCUGCUUUAGCUAAAUUGUCAGGGAAUUUUAUUUUAAUAUUUGACUAACUACAUCUACGUCUGAUGUCAAAUCCACAUUGAUAACACCAAAAGUGGAUCUCAUAUCCUGUCAAUUCUGGAUAAAAAAUAUUAAUGUUAAACCUGGAAGCAGAGUCAACUCUUCACACCUUUUUACGCUCAUAAACAGUUCGCCAUCUUUUCGCGUGCACCUGACACCGAACAGUUGUUGAAAUUCUGGGGUAUCUGCGUCUAAUACACGCUUACCCUAAGUUCCCUUAGAGCGUCUUCUGAUUUCGCAAUGGUGCAAAUGUAAAUAAGAAAGCAAUGAGUUGAUUCUGGUUUCAUAACAUUGCUGAAAUGUUAAGUUCCAUCUUGCCCACGUCGGACAUUUGCUGAGACAAAAAAAGAAAGAAAAUAAAAUUUGGAAUUUUAGAAAAAAACAAA